AUGGAGGGCUUCAGCGUGGGCAGUGUCUUGCUGACCGGCUGCGAUGGGGGGCUGGGCCUGGGGCUGCUGAAGGGGUUGCUGGAGCAGCCCAGCCCACCUCGGCACAUCUUCGCUGCUUGUCUGGACCCUCAGGGCAAGGCUGUCAACGAGGUGGCUUUGGGUUUUCCCAACAUCAUGAUCCUGCCUCUGGAUGUGACAGACCCCAACAGCAUCAAGGCAGCAGUCGGGAAGGUGAGGGAGGAAGUGGGCAAUGCUGGCCUCAACCUCCUGAUUAACAACACCAGCACCACACGCCGCAGCACCUUGGCCACUGAGACAGCAGAGAACAUGAGCCUCGUCUACACCACCAACACCAUCGGGCCCCUGCAGACAAGCCAGGCCUUCAUGCCCCUGCUGAAGGAGGCAGCUGAGGCUGAAGGGCAGCGUGAGAUGAGCUGCAGCAGAGCUGCCAUCAUCAACAUCUCCAGCAUCCUGGGCUCCAUCGAGGUUGCAGAGGCUUGGGAGGAGAGGCAGGACAUCUGCUACCGCUGCAGCAAGGCUGCUCUGAACAUGCUCACCAAGUGCCUGGCCCUGGAGUACGGGAGCAGCGGGAUCCUCUGUGUGUCUGUGGAUCCUGGACAUGUGACACCUCCCUUGGAACAGGGGAUGGGCCCUGUGACAUUGGAGGUCAGCGUGCGGGGGGUCCUGCAGCUGCUGGCCCAGCUCUCAGCCACCAGCAAUGGCACCUUCUGGGACUGGAGAGGGCAGAGGCUGCCCUGGUGA